UUGGCCGAAUUGUAUUUCAGCUCUUCUCAGAUGUCUGCCCAAAAACUUGCACAAACUUCUUGUGCUUAUGUACAGGCGAAAAAGGGAUUGGAAAAGUAACGGGGAAAAAGUUGUGGUAUAAGGGUUCCACGUUCCAUCGAGUGGUGAAAAGCUUUAUGAUUCAAGGUGGUGACUUCAGUGAAGGUAACGGGAAAGGUGGCGAGUCUGUGUUUGGCGGUUACUUUAAAGAUGAAAACUUCAUCCUCAAACAUGACCGCGCAUUUCUUUUGUCUAUGGCAAACCGAGGAAAGCAUACCAACGGAUCGCAGUUCUUCAUAACAACGAAACCAGCACCACAUCUUGAUGGUGUUCAUGUGGUGUUUGGGCUGGUGAUUUCUGGUUUUGAAGUGAUUGAACAGAUAGAGAAUCUGAAGACAGACGCUGCCAGCCGCCCCUAUGCCGACGUCAGAGUCAUAGACUGCGGGAUCCUGGGAUCUAAAUCCACCAAAGAUGAAAAAGUUAGGGUGGCGACCUGCGAGUCCGACGAAUCGGAUUCCACCAGCAAGUCGUCUUCUCAGUCCUCAUCGUCGGAGUCAUUAUCUUCAGAGAGCGAGGAGGAAUUGGAAAGAAACAAGAAGCGAAAACGGAAAAGGAAACCCAAAGUGAAGCGCGCAAAGAGAAAACGCAAGGAAGGUCAGCGAGAGGUCAAGGAGGAGAAGCAGCAGAGUCUUCACAGCGCUGAAACCAACAACGCGGCAGAAGAUAAAGACUCUGGAACUAAGAGGGAUAAACCUGUUGUGCGGCCGGAGGAAAUCCCUCCGAUCCCGGAAAACCGCUUCCUGCUUAGAAAGGACGCCCCCAUCAACAUCGCAGAGCCUGAGCAGAAACCAUCUCCUGCGGUUCCAGAAACCAAUGAUCAUGCCAAAGGCUCCAUUACAAAAUCUGGAAGAAAGAUCCGAGGUCGGGGCACAAUACGAUAUCACACACCUCCACGCUCUAGAUCUAGAUCAGAGUCUAAUGGUGAAAGGGAAAGCAGUGAGACGCCUCCACAUUGGAAGGAAGAGAUGCAAAGAUUAAAGUCAUAUAAGCCGCCAACUGGAGAAAAGUGGAGCAAAGGAGACAAACUCGAUGAACGUCUGUCUAGUCGUUGGGAAGAAGGAAGUUUGUCUUCAAGAUCAAGAUCGAACUCCUGGUCACGCGAUAGUUAUCAUUCAGACAGUAGCCAGGAGCGAAAUUCACACACAAAAACACGGAAGAAAGACAAAAAGUUAAAGCAUAAAAAGAAAUCCAAAAAGGUAAAACAUUCAAAAAAGCACAAGAAGAAGGAGGAACUUUCUGGAUCUCAUCGAGAAGAAUCUUCGAGCGGAAGGAGAAAAUAUUCCCAGGAACGACCACGUAGAUCUUCAUCAAGGUCCUCUAAAGAGUCUUCCAAAAAGGGCUGGUCUCGAUCCGACAAAGAUCAGAAAUCCUCACGUCAUUCUAGCAAUUCCAAAUCACGAUCAAGGUCCUAUUCAAAAGAAAGGUCAAGAACCGCUUCCAAAUCCACUUCUAGAAGCCGCACAAGGAGUAGAUCCCGCACCGAAUCUAGAUCCAGAAACAGAAAUGUUUCUGGCUCACAUUCUAACUCACACUCUCACUCAUCUAAAAAGAUUUCUUCAGCAUCUCCCCAGAAGAAGAAUUUGUCAGAAAGCAAAUCUAGUGCAGGCGUUCAGCCCGGAAAAUCGAAUAAGUCAUCGGACGAACCUAGUCUCGCCUUUGUCACAAAUGAGAAUGUUCAUGUGAUUUCACUUAGCGACAGUCCUCCUCCUUCCCGAUGGAAGCCUGGUCAAAAGCCCUGGAAGCCUUCAUAUGAACGCUUUCAAGAAAUUAAAGCCAGUGCCGCCAGUGUCCUCCCGACACAAAGCAGGUACGGCUCGAGCAAGUCGAAAAGUGGUACCUACCGGAAAAGGCACUCAAGCUCAGAAAGCGAACGCAGCGAUUAUUCCGGCAGAGGUUCAAGCUAUCGUCGUAAAUCUAAAGGUCGCUCCUCUUCUAGGGACAGAUCUUACAGUAGAUCUUACACACGAUCUCGAAGUCCAAGCAGCUCGUCUUCUCAUGCUGAGAGACUUAUGUCCUCCUCAUCUGACGGUUCUUCAUCCAGCGAGUCCAAUGAUGAAAUAGUCCGUGCAAAGGCAUCAUUAUCUAAAGAGACUAAAUCCAAAGGCAAGCGCCACAAAGCAAAAGGUAAAAAAGAAGAUUCUGUUUCUCCAAAAAGUGCAGGAAGCCGCUCAAAUUCCAACUCCUCGUCGGACAUGGAAGGAGAAGAGUUCACCAAAAGAUUGCUAAAAACCACCAAGGCGUUACUCGAAAAUCAUAAUUCCAGCAGCGGCAAAGAGGAAGAAAAUAAUUCCGUACAAGAGUCUAACACAGACUGGCAAAACUCUAAAAGUGAGAAAGACGGCACUGAGGUAGUCAUAUCGGACAUAGACAAAGUACUGAAAAGCGACAUGUUAAUGGAAACGGUUGGGAAGCUCAUAGAAGAGGAGUCAGUCUCAAAUUCACAGAACACGAAUGUGGCAGAAGAAGUAGCAGUGUCUUCUGGGAAGGAGGAAGGCGAGGCUAGUACAGAGUCAGAAUCAGAGGAAGUAACGCUCCCAAAUACGUUGCCUACCCAAACAUCACCAGCUUCGGAGAAACUCUUGAAAACGCCACCUUCUGAGAGCUCGUCCCCUGAACGUAAAAGCAAAUCCAAGAAACACAAGCGACGGUCUAGUAAGAAAAGCGUGAAGAAGAGCCGCUCUAAAAACAAAGCAAAGGACAAGACCAAGAAAAAUAAAGAAAAGAAGCAAAAAGCUCAAAAGAAGAAGCAGACCUUCCACUGGCAGCCGCCUCUUGAGUUUGGAGAGGAAGAGGAGGAUGAAGAGAUGGAGGUGGAGGGUGGACCUGAUGUGCAGAUAAAAGUAAACAAACCAAAAGACUCUCUUCUAGAUAAGCCAUUGUCUACCGAGAACCGGAACGCAAGCAACGGGUCUCUGUUUAUUGAUAAAAUUAGCUCAGAACCAAAGAUCUUGUCUCUUAAGUCAGCUAUGAAGACAGAAGAGCUGGAACCGCUGUCAAAAGUGACGAAAAGUCCACUUACUUCUGCGAUUGUCGAGCGCACGUCUGACGACAUAAAAGCUUUUACAUCUCACCGAUCAUUGCCACAGGGUAAACUGGGGCCGAGUUCUUCAGUCGGAACUUCAGGUGGCGCCUCCACUGGCAACGCUGAUCAAAUCUCCUCUACAUCGGCAAGUGCUACACCUGCAUCUGGAGAAAGCAUACAGGUCAAACAAGAAAAAACACAAGAUGCUCAACCUGCAGCGAAUAACUCAACACUGGUGGAAAAGGUGGAGGCUAGUGCCCCUGAAACUACUGCAGCUGUCGAUAACAAGUGGAAGCCGGUCCAAGGUCCUACCAUCGCGCAGUCCCUCAAGCCAGUGGUGGCACAAGUGGUUACAGCCGCUGAACCUGAGAAGAAAACUCAGGGUCUGAGAAUUGAGAUUAAAAGUAAAAACAAAGUGAGACCCGGAUCACUAUUUGAUGAAGUCCGAAAGACAGCGCGUCUUAACCAGCGUCCAAGGAACCAGGAAAGCUCCAGUGAGGAACAGUCUUCAAGCCAUGAGGAUAAGAGCCCAUCAAGCAGUAAGGCCAGGAGUAGAAGCAAAUCUCAGACACCUUCAAGUCGCCAAUCAAGAUCUCCAUCUUCUAGCCGGUCCAGAAGUCGAUCUGUGCGGUCUAGCUCUUCAUCAAGAUCAAGAAGUUAUGCCAGAAGUCGUAGCAGGAGGCGCCACAGUAACUACAGAUCGCGGACACGGAGCAGAUCCUAUGCCAGUUCUAGAAGUUAUAGAACCUACAGCCGGAGCCGCUCCAGAAGUGUCUCUUAUGAUCGUCACCGCAGUAGAAGAUCCAGGAGCCGAUCUUACACUUACGACAGCUAUGACAGUCGGAGCCGUAGUCGUAGUCCGUCCUACUACAGAUCGCGCAGUUACAAGCGCAGGUCCAGGAGUCGGAGGUCGUCGUACAGCGGCAGCGAGCGCAGUUACAGUCAUCGCCGGCGUCACAAUGGGAGGAGUUAAGGGAUUUUUUUUUUUUUUCGUGUAUAACCAUCACAGCACCUAAGAGCCUCUACCGAACCCUUCUACUACUUAUCGCUCAGCAUCCAUACUGUGAAAAUGGCGGCCAGAUCGCGUCUCUUCAGUUCCGUGUACGGGGAGGUAUCGGUGGAGACGUUGUAGCGGUGGCAGCAAUAAUUUAGUAUCCCAUUUGGUGUAGACACGUCGCCAGUAUUGUUUACCUCAGUGUUUUCCAUACAGAGUGUCUCCUGCGGUUGCAAAACUGCAACUCCCAGCAAGCCCGGACAGCCUUUGGCUGUCCGGGCAUGCUGGGAGUUGUAGUUUUGAAACAGCUGGAGACACUCUGUUUGGGAAAACACUGGUUUACCUAAUUACUCAUACUGCCUUAGGCCAGUGUUUCCCAACCAGGGUGCCUCCAGCUGCUGCAAAACUACAACUCCCAGCAUGCCCAGACAUUGAAUGUCUGGGCAUGCUGGGAGUUGUAGUUUUGCAACCACUGAAGGCAUACUGGUCUCAUUUUUUAGGUAGAAAAAAAACCAUAAAUUUUUCAGGCAAAAAUAAAAGGUCUAAAACUUUUUUUUUUCUGCUCCUUUUUGUGUGUUUUUUUUUUUUCAGUAAUUUUUUUACAUUUAUUUUUUCAUAUAUAUUUUUAGGCUUUUUUUCUAUGGCGGCAGCAAAAGCUCCAAAAAACGUUGUGAAGCUUUUGCUGCUCUCAGAGAAAAAAAGCCUAAAAAUGUAUAUAAAAAAAUAAAUAAAGUAAAAAUUAUAAAAUAAGACUUAAAAAAAUAAAAAAAAAUGUAUGUAUUAUUUUGUUUUUCUUUGGUGGCAGCAAAAGCUCCAUAAAUUUUUAAGAAAAAAAGCUUAAAAACACUCAAUAACAAAAAAAAAGCAGGAAAAAUAGGUAUUUCUUAUGCUUAUUUUACAUUUUAAGUUUUUAUAGCUUUUGCUGCUGUUGAAGAAAAAAGCCUAAAAAAUAUAUUAAAAAAUUAAACUUUUAUUUCUUUUUUUCCUGUAAAAUGCAUAUUUUUCUACCUGAAAAACUUUUUUUGUUUUUUUUUUGGGGGGGACGACGACGACGACAUUUAGAUACUUGCCAAAAUGCAGUAUUCCUUGUCAAUAAAAAAAGGGAAGGGUAUGUAGGGCCGAUUCCCUAUACUGAAUUUCCAGGUGGAGAUUCUGUGUACAGGAGGCGUCGCCGAAGUCAAUCGGCAUUAUGACUGUGCAGACGGGCGCCGACGCCAAUUUACCGCGAUACAGUCUGCAAGAAUAUUCAUGUUCGGAUUCUGGAUUUUCAUUUGCGAAAAAUCACUCUCUUCAGUUCGUCAGGGCACUUUGUGCCCCAACCUGUGGCUCUACAGCUGCUGCAAAACUACGACCCCCUGCGUGCCCUGACACAGCUGAGGCAUUCUGGGAGUUGUAGUUUUACAGCAGCUUUUAGCCACAGCUUAGGGAACACUGGUCAUACUGGAGUUACGCCUACCAAGACAAGCCGCGGCAUAAUGUUGGCAUGACAUGGCGCUAAACUUAGUCUGUUACAUUUGAUCCCCCUCUCUUGUUCUCUGUUAUCAGCCACCUCAGCUUAAAGGGGUACUCUGAUGGAAAACUUUUUUAUUUUAUUUUUUAAAUCAACUGGUGCCAGAAAGUUAAACAGAUUUGU